AUGUCAUUAACAUGGCCUUGGCACUUUGCGCCGGUGUCUGCUCCUGAUAAGCAGCAGCGUCGUGAACUCUUGGACGUCCGGGGAUAUGUUGCUCAACUCUCAGUGGUCGUCGUGGUAUGCGCGAUUCGCAUAUAUCAAAGCUACUCUAAAGCUACUGAGGGUGCCGUGAAGCAACGGUCCCGGUGCAGAGACCAGCCCUGGUGGGAUCGGCCACCAUUUCCCGGAUGGACUGAGACACGGAGGCAGUAUGCCGUCUGUUUGAUCUGGCUGGGAUGGCUGUUAGGUUUAUCCGUGUGGAAGACUGGCGAUGAUUAUCUCCAUCUUACCAAGGCCUUGGGCCAAAUCGGCAUGUCUCAGCUGCCGAUGCAGGUGAUCCUUUCGCCGGCAUUAUAUCUCUCGAAUUCUAAACCAGGCGCUCCCUCGAUUAUUUCGUCUUUGACCUCCCUCCCGCAACCAUUCCUAAACCCGUACCACCGUCUCUGCGGAAGACUCAUUCUCGCGCCGCUCCUACUGGGCCACGCCAUUCUAUACUUCAGUUUCUUCCUACAAUCCGCGUCUCCUCGCCCGGAGUUCAGUUCAUUACUGGCUAAACGCUUGCGGGAUCCGGAUGUCCAAUGGGGAAUUGGUGCAGUGUGUUCGGCGUUUUUGGUGAUAUUCGUGUUAAUAAGACCGUUUGGAGGAAGGCGAGGAUUGAGUAUCCGGCCGGCGGGCGCAUCGGCGAAGGACAAGCGACAACGGUUUUACAUUGCGCAUGUGGCAUUGGUGGGAGUGUUUUGUCUGGCGGCGUACGCCCAUGUGGUACACACAGACCUUUGUGCUCGAGACAGUGGGUUGUUUCGGGAUUAA